CAGAACAGGCUACACCGUCAGCGUAACAACGACGCGAAACUAUUCCUCAACGUUAUCACGAAACAUAAAUUGACGGAGAAAUAGCUGGAAAGCUCCAGUUGUGCUCCAGUAGUCGUAUGAUAAGCAUGUUGAAGGCUAGAGAAUCCCAGACUCAAGACAAAAAGCAGCCUUGUAUUGUAUUGUUUUGUAACUACGAGGGGUUGGUGCAGUUACAGUAAAUGUUACUCGUGACCGAAAGCACCCUACAUUAUUUUGUUUUGUAUUUGCGUACAACGGUAGAGUAGCAGUGAAUGUUACUUGAUACAGAAUGCAGCCUUGUAUUGUUUCGUUUUGGAUCUACGAGACGUCGGUAGAGUAACAGUGACUGUGUUUCUGCGGACAGAAGAUACGCGAGGUGAUUUACAUCAGAAAUCAGUGCAGCCGACGGACUCUGAAACGAGUUCGUAUCGUCCGUGUGAGACACAGAUAGAAAAAAAAAGAUUCGGGAAAAGCUUCUAGCGAAGCUGUUCAUUUUCGUCAAGAGUGCAAGCGGCUAAUUUAGCCGAAAACUCUUCACCCUGGCUCGAGGACUUAUGAUGCUUAGACCAGACACCAGGAUGGGACACAUAUCGCAUAGUCCUGUUGAAAAAAUGGAAGCACAUCCGAUGACUCAACCACAGCCACCGUCUUCAAGCCGAAUCCUGCACGACGUGCCAUGUCGAGUCUGCCAAGAUCAUUCGUCGGGCAAGCACUAUGGCAUCUAUGCAUGCGACGGUUGUGCCGGAUUCUUCAAGCGUUCGAUCAGACGUAACAGACAGUACAUCUGUAAGGCGAAAGGCGAGAACCUCUGCGUCGUCGACAAGACGCACAGGAACCAGUGCCGUGCCUGCAGGCUUGCGAAAUGCAUCGAGGCUGGCAUGAACAGAGAUGCUGUGCAACACGAGCGUGGACCGCGAAACUCGACGCUACGCAGGCAGAUGGCCCUAUACUACACGAACAAGGAAAGCGAAAUUCUGACCAGCAGCCUCACUAACGGUCUCGCUAACGGCCUGGCUAGCGGAAUCGUAGGCAACAUCGCUACCAGCCUCAGCAACAGCAUCGUCAAUCAGCACGGAAACGGCUACACGCCACCGCCGCAACUGAACACCGCGUUGGAUCUCGUUCUCCCGAAGUCAGCAUCGACGGGACCAUCGAGAGUAAGCGUAUCGCAUAGGCAUCUACAUCAUUCCCUCUACAGCAGCGCGCAUCCAUCCAAAGUUACAGACAUCAGUUCUCCCUACCUUCACCACCCUCGACAUCACCACCACCAGCAUUCCCCACCUCCGCAGAUCUUACACCCUCUGCCCACGAUCCGAUUGCCCUUGUUCAUCAUGGAAACGAUGUGCGAACAGGCAGCCAAUAUCUUUUUGCUGAACAUUGCUUGGGCCCGCGAGGUUAAUUCCAUUACGGGGAUCUGCCUGGAAGACCAACUGACCCUCGUCGAGAACUCGUGGCGCGAUCUCUUCGUCCUGUCGGCGGCCCAGUACGCACCUACCAUGGACCCAACGUCGCUGAUCCCACCUGGACCCAACAGCCUUGCAAUGUCGAUAGAGGUCAGUCGCUUCCGCGAGGUGCUCAUGUCCUUGCACACGAUGGCUCUCGACUCUCAGGAGUACGCCUGCAUACGCUCGGUCGUGCUGUACAAGGCUGGACUCGAGAACAGCGAGAUCGUGCCCAGCAGCCGAAGCAGCGACGGUUCCAUGUCGCCCGGAUGCAGCAAGCUCAGGGACGUCCAUAGUAUCAUGAAGAUGAAGGACGCCGCGCAAGCCGCGUUGUGCACCAAAGUCGACGUCAGCAACGCCGUCGGUGCUGUCAAGUACAGCAAGAUCGUUCUACUGAUACCGAUGCUCAAGCACAUCUCGGCACACUCUAUCGAGGAGCUUUUUUUCCGAAAAACUAUCGGUGAGUCCCCCAUGGAGAGAAUCAUCUGCGACGUUUAUCUGAGACGACGUGAAUAAAGACGCGGACGUUGUUGUUGAUUAUAUAUAGUUUUAACGCGUGAAUUGUACAUAAAAAUUAUACAUAUAUAUAAAUAUCUAUGUAUUUGGCAUACAUGUAUAUACAUAUAUGUGUAUGUCGGUUUGAACUUUUAUCGAGACAAUUCGAAGGUUCGAUGUAUAUAUAGAUCGAAAGAGUAAGAAUACUUUUAGGUCGAAUUCAGAAGACGAGGAAAAUUUUUGGUGUACACUUCGCUUAAGUUCAGCCAAUUUCAUUUGCAGUUUUAGUUAAGAAAACUUUUAAAUUUGUUUACCUUGUUAAAAAUUUAGUAUUAGAUUUCGCUAGUCCAAUCUUUUUAUUAAUAGAGUUAGGGAAACAAGACGCUGCUGGAGACAGAAUACGUUUUAAAAUUCUAUUUAGUUAUACUAAAUUAUGAAAAUUAUCCCUAUGCGACUAUAGAUAUGUAUCGUAGCAGAUAAAACGUUCUGUACAUGUAGAAAAAAAACUACGUUGUAUAAAACAUAAAUUAUUCGAUUAAAGAUUUAAAUUUUAUAUAAA